UUAAUGGCUUUAUUAAAUAAAAGUCUAAAUCUUCAGUACAACGCAUUUGUUUGGCAUUAAAUUUACGGAAAGUUAUAAACAGGCAACCAUCAGGAAAUUUCUUAUGACCCGCGUCAUUCUAGUGCCGAAAAGCGUCGCUAGUUGUAUAAAUUGCUUUGCUGCUGGUAAAGUAAACAUGGCUGGUGUUACGAAGGUGACAACUGGUCUCACGGGCUUGGCCGUCGCCAAAAAUCCCCAUCAUUCACUAAGCGUCCUGUAUAACAAAAUCCUGCGAGUCCUGCAGAACAUGCCAGAGACUGCAGCCUAUCGAAAGUACACGGAGCAAGUUGCAAAGGAGCGGCUGACACUCGUCGAAUCGGAAAAGGAUGUUGCCAAGCUGGAACGAAUGAUAGGAGCAGGUCAGAUCGAGCAGGUUAUUGUACAGGCUGAGAAUGAACUAGUCCUGGCCAGACGCAUGAUGAGUUGGAAACCAUGGGAACCACUGACCACCAAAGCCCCGGCCGACCAAUGGACGUGGCCACCUGCUUCCUAGUUUCUUCUCCCAGUUCUUGUAAUUAGAUGAGAAUAUGUACAUGAAAUAAAGAUAUUCCUGCUGCACAA